AUGAUAACAUGUACCGGGCUACGACUUUAUGUAAAGCUACGACCCUCGUCCAAAAAUUCCAUCGCUUUUGAUGAUUUGAUGAUCAUCAUCGCCACCUCAAUAGCCGUUGGGUUGUGCAUAAGUGGUUUAGUCUAUGGUCCACCUUAUGGCUUUGGUCGACACGAAGCCGCCCUCUCAUCGAAUGAUAUAGUAAGCUUCUUGCGGGGCGACUAUGUCUUCAGUCAUUUUUACGACUGGGCUAUUGCAAGUACUAAAUUAGCAAUCCUUUCUCUCUACUAUCGCAUCUUCAGCACGGUGGUCUUCCGCCGAUACGUGAUCGGCACCGCUAUCUUCAUCGUAUUGUGGCUCGCGGCCAUGGAGAUCGCUCUCGGACUGCAAUGUUUACCGGUGCAAAGAGCCUGGGAUGCUAGUGUAAAGGGAAACUGUCUCGAUUUGGUGGCAUUUUCCUACUUCACCAAUAUCACGAACUUGGUUACCGACAUCUGGGUGUUCCUGCUUCCGCUACCGAUCAUCUUCAGGCUGCAUGUUACGCGGCAACGGAAGUUCGAGCUUGCAGGAGUCUUUGCCAUUGGCCUAUUUUGUCGUCUCACAAGGAUCGUCCGAUUUCACAUGUAG